AUGAUGAGUGUUGCAAAGGAAAUCUUCACGAGUUUAAGUGAUCGACCAAAAAACUUAUCGAAUCUUCAAUGGCUUCAUUAUGAUGAUGAAGGAUCAAUUAUAUUUGAAAAAAUCGUUCUCCAAGAUGAAUAUUAUAUUACACGAUCAGAACGUCGUAUUUUCGAAUUAAAUUCUGAUGAUAUUAUUGUUAAAGCAGCAGGUGACGAAAAGAAUCGUCUUCGUAUUGCCGAACUUGGAUCCGGUACAGCUACGAAGACAGGUAUUCUUCUUCGAGCUGCUCUAAAGUAUCAAAGAGGUCCUAUUACUUAUUUUCCUAUUGAUGUAUCAACAACAGCACUUGAUGAAGCUCAAUCAAGUUUAAAUUAUCUCCUUCCCGAUGUAUGUGUAAUGCCACAGGUUAAAAAUUAUGUUACAGAUGAUUUUAUUCUUCCAAGCUUUGAUGGAUGUACACUUGUUAUUUAUAUUGGUGUAUCCAUUGGAAAUUCUUCUAAAGAGGAAGCAAAAAACAUUCUUCAUCAUGUUUAUGAACAAUUAAAAGUGGGAGAUGCAUUAUUGCUUAGUGUUGAUAUGUGUCAUGAUCCUUCUGUAUUAUUAUCUACCUAUAAUGAUAAAAAUGGUGUUGUUGCCGAUUUUCAGUUCAAUGUUCUACGUCGAUUGAAUCGAGAAUUUGGUUAUAAUUUCAAUCUUGAUCAAUUUCGUUAUCAACCUAUAUGGAACGAACAUAAGUCAUCGGUGGAACAGCAUCUUCAAAGUUUGUGUUCACAACAAGUGAAGUGUAUUGAUCAAUUCGGAGAAAAAACUCUUCAUUUUGACAAAGGUGAAACGAUUAAUAUGAUAGAUAGUUAUAAGUUCAGUAUCGAAGAGAUUAAUAUGCUUCUUAAUAUUACUGGUUUUACUAUUGAACAUAUAUGGAAUGAUGAACAUAAAUGGAUUAAUGUUAUAUUAGCACGUAAACUAUAA